AAGCUCAACAAUGGCUUCUUCUCCCACAACUGAUCAACUUCAAGCCCUCUGCGAUUCAAUAUCAACCGUCCAUCCCGACGUCAUUCAGAACCAUAUCCUAACCAAACUCGACGGCCAAACCCUCGUUGUCAUCGCUUCUGCUUCCUCCCAACUACGCUCUCUAUCCCUCCAAGACAAUCUGUGGCGCCAAAUAUGCACCUCCACGUGGCCUUCCACCAACAACCCUCGUGUCCAAACUCUUAUCUCCACCUUCCCCGCCGCGCACCGUUCUUUCUUUUCUGAUUCAUUUCCAGUUCUCGACUGCCAAAUCCGGAAGUCUUAUUCAAAACACGCAGCUAAUCAAUUUGAUGAUUCUUCGGUACUUGACACUACAGAGUUAAUCUCAGCCGUUGAUAUUCACUACCAAAACAAUCCGAUUCUCUCAAAAGUUGUGGAGACGGAGACCGUCACUGGCUGGUUCCAGUUUCCUCCAUUUAGAAUCGAUUUACUUGACGAAAAACAGCGGGUACCCACGCCGACAAAAUUUGCAAGUGAAACUAAAGCUUUGAUCAAACAACUUGAAGAGAAUCUUACUUUGAGUUGGAUAAUAAUUGAUUCAAAUGGAAAGCGAGCGGUAAAUUUAUCCAGCAGGUGGCCAAUUUCAGUGGAGCAACACUGGUUGACACGUGAGGUGCACGUGAAGUAUGCGGCAGUAGUCAUUGGAAGCGAUCAUGGUCGAUGGUGGCAAUCGUGGUCGACGAGGGAGUUUGUGGAGUGCGAGGUGACGGUGACGCUGGGAGGGGAAGAAGGAGGAGAAAUGUCCGUGAGGGAAGUGUACAUGCAGAUGAAGGACUUGGAAGAGAGAAGUUUAAAUGGGAGGGAGAGUUUGGUAAUUUUGCGGAGAGCUGUUGGAAUGGGGAAGAGGAGUGGGAGGAGAGACGUGGGGAAAGAGAGGUAUAAAGAGUUUAUGAAAAAGAAAAUAGAGAGAAAAGAGGGCAAGGAAAGAAUGGGAAUGGCCUUAUGUAGAGCUUGUGUUUGUUGCCUUCUUGUUGCUGUAGCUUUUUGGCCAGUUUUUUCCGAGUCUGGAAUCGACCUGACUUUGAAGCUACCUGAACCCGAUGGAGAGAGGAGAUUCGGAAUUUAUACAUGA